GUGAGAAGCCUGUGUGCGGUGAGAGGGAGCUUAGUGGCGCUUCUCCGGUGCUGUGGCUCACGUUUUGGUACUAAAGGCCGAGACUGUCCUGGCGUCGACAGCGUCUGCGGCGAAGGCUCAGGCUCUCGGAGAGUGGUAGAGUACGGUCCAGAAACGGAGCUUCUGGUCAACCCAGGUGGACUCGGACGCCGGGACCUGCGAAUCGAAGGGCGCCCCGCGCCCCCUCUUCAUCCCCAUCGAGACAGUGAAGGGGUGGCGCGCGCCCGCCCCACCGCCUGCAGGGCGAGGGAGUCCUCGGGGUCCCCCGGCGCGACGGCGGGCGAGGAGGCGGUUGCAGGGCGGACGGAAGACGGACGGAAGAAUUUGAGAGAGUCGGACCGCACCGAGCAGGGAGCUUCGCAAGAUUCCAUCAUAAUGAAUGGAUCCAGCGUGGCAAAUACACCACCCAGUGUAAAAUCCAAAGAGGACCAGGGAUUAAAUGGGCAUGAUGAGAAGGAAAACCCAUUUGCAGAGUACAUGUGGAUGGAGAAUGAAGAGGAUUUCAACAGACAGGUGGAGGAGGAGCUGCAAGAGCAAGACUUCCUGGACCGCUGCUUUCAGGAGAUGCUAGAUGAGGAAGACAAAGACUGGUUCAUUCCAGCACGAGACCUGCCGCAGGCCAUGGGACAGUUGCAGCAGCAGUUAAAUGGACUGUCAGUCAGCGAUGGUCAUGAUUCUGAAGAUAUUUUGAGCAAAAGUAACCUGAACCCAGACGCCAAGGAGUUUAUUCCAGGAGUGAAGUACUGAUUCAAGAGACAGCUUCAAGGAGGACUUAUCUGUCCCCACAUCUGGGGAUCAUAAUGCACAAAAGGGCAGAGCUGAAGAGGGGAUGGGGUGGGCAGGGGGUGUGCAGCCGGGAUGGGGAAUGGUGGUUUAGAUGGAUACUGUGACUCUGAGUAGCUAAUGUGCUCAGUCUUACUACAAGCCUCUGAGUAUUUAUUUCUCUUUUGUUCUACUGACUUUCAUUUGGAGCAGUUUCCUGUUUUGUUUUGAGUUAGCUCUUUUGAGUUAAGGAAAUUGCAUUUUUUUUUCUUUUACCAAGAAUGUCCUGCUGUCUGUGUUUAAACAAAAUAAGCUGACCAAGUAAAGCAGGGUAUUUAAGAAAUACGCUUCUCACCUGUUGUGUGCAUACCAGGAGCAAGGAGCACCCGAGAUCUACUGGGGGAGUCUAUUAAGCUAGAUGGGAAGAGGGGCAAGCUGAAGAAACAGAUCACACAACGCAGAAUAGGAACCCCAGCUGCCCUGACCCUUGGAGUUUCCACAGUGCAGUAGGAUUCUCAGUGGCCCGCUGAGCUCCUGUCUCCCUGCGCUAAACCCCAUUGCAGAAAACAGUUAAAGUUCUUGGUUUAUGGUAACUCUUUGAUGGUUGGUGAAAGUUGUAAAUCAGAAAGGGGGGGAUUGUUACAGUGAUUGUCACUUCAGUCAUUUAGUAACUGUUGUCCUAUUCUUAAGCCUCUGUUUAUAGCUACGUUAGACCAUUAACAGGUGAAAGAGAUUUAGUGUUGAUUUUCCACCUAGACUCAUGGUAUCUUAAUUCCCCUGACUCUUCCACCCCAGGCCUCUUGUUUCUAAGGAAAGCUGUUACCAAAAGUAUAUGAGAGGCCUUCUGGCCAUCAGCUUAGCCUGGAGAAAUUAUCCUUGAAUCUUGUUUGUUGUGUCUUACAUUUAUUAGGACAACUUUUAUUAUUAUCAUCAUCAUCAUCACUAUUAUUAUUUUGCAAUCCCAUCAACACUUGGUUCUCCUGGUAUCUUAAUUUCCUCAAAAAUGUUGAUGCACUUUUUCAAAGACAUAUGCUUUUCAGGACACUAGCAAGAAGCUCAUUACACAAUGUGUAUGCUUCUUUUCACCUUACAGGAUUAUGCAAAAGAACUCAGAAAUGACUGAGUCCUGCUUGGCGCACAUGACUGAACCUGAUCCUCUGGGAUAGUUAAAGCUACUAUCAAAUAUUACUAUUCCCAUACACCCAGCUUUUUGAGUCUUCUAGGUUGACCUCUAUAAGGUGUGCUCCUGUUGUCUUCCAUGCCUAUAACUCACUGCAGUUUUUGUUGAUACUCCCAAGGAAUUAACCUGGGCACCAGGAGCUGCCUUUAUGUACAGAUAUGUAGAUGCCAGUGUCAUGUGUGAAAGAGAAUGUGUCCAGUUCUGGUCAUUCUUUUAGGACAAGGGCUUGCAGAGGCUUGAGAAGGUAGUGGCCUUUGUGUGACUGCUACUGGGCUGGGUGAUAGGCCUAUGAGGGAAAAGUCAUGUAAUUUGAAAUAAAGUCGGUGUAAAUUCAGCAUGUAGAUGUAAGACAGAGGUUGGAAGGAAAGGACUAAGGUAUGGAAAGUGGACAAGAUUCUUGUUCUUACGAACCCCCUUGUUGACUUGUUUUUUGCAGUGUGAGGGAUUGAACCUAGAGCCUUGCACAUGCUAGGAAAUGUAUUUUCCUACUGAAAUACACUCCAGCCCCUUAUUGACUUUUUUUGAAUAGGUACAGACUAAUGCCAGAUUCAAAAUAUAAACCUACAUCUUCUCCCCCAUUCAGUCUAUAAGGUGGCAUCAUUAGGUCGUGUGUCAUCGGAGAGUAGCUUAGGGAACUUGCAUUGCCACACCUGCACGUUAAUUCCCAAAGCCUCUGCCUUGAGAGAGUGCAACGGUUCAUUCUUUUUCAAGGAGGACUCUGAAUAAAGAAACAUUGUUAUUCUAA